GAGCAUCAGUUGGUGAAAUGGCAACACGAUGCCCACCUCCGUGGGUGUCUGGAGGUUGUAGCUGGAUAAUAUGUGUGAAACAACCUAUGGCAGACCCUGGCCAUUAAUAACUGUCUUCCUGCCUUUUGACCUCUUAUCCGGGUGCAUAGCGCCCCUCCGUAGGACGACCUCGGCUCCUCCUCCCUGCCCCCCGCUGCCUCGUGCGCUUACAUCCCGGAUCGCCGUGGGCUGCCGGGUUUCUGCCAUACCUGUCAUAGGAAAGAGGGCAGCCGCUCAGCUCCAGGGUGGCGAGCGGAAACUACAGUUCCCAGCCCUCGCUGCGCUGCCGCCAGGGCAGGGAGCGGAGCGCGGCAGGCCCCUCCUCCGGGGAGGAGCCUAUGCUGGGGGGCGGAGUUAGGAGGUGGUUGGAGAGUUAAGCCAAGCCAAUGAGACCAGCUGCUAAUAAGUGGGCUUGGCUUACCCUAUAACAGUGGCAGGAGGAGGAGAGCGAAGCUAUUGAGCCAGCGAGGAGUGAAGCUGAGCCUGGCCUCACACGCUCCUGGAGGACCACCUCCUGAGACAGAGUUCUUUUUCCCCCUUCUUCUUCUUUCUCCAAGCGCCCCUCCUGCCCUCCCUCCGUGCCCAGUACAAUGCAUUCUUGAGUGGCAGCGUCUGGACUCCAGGCAGCCCCAGAGAACCGAAGCAAGCCAAAGAGAGAGGGCUGGAGCCAAGACACUCUGGUGGGGGAGCUUGGAUGCCUGGCUUUCUUUGAGGACAUCUUUGGAGCAAGGGUGGCUUUGGGGUGGGGGGCUGUGCUGCAGGAAAUCCAGCCAGGCCCCAAGAUGGACACUUCUGGGCACUUCCAUGACUCCGGGGUGGGGGACCUGGAUGAAGACCCCAAGUGCCCCUGUCCAUCCUCCGGGGAUGAGCAGCAACAACAGCAGCCGCCGCCGCCGCCACCGCCGCCGGCACCACCAGCAGCCCCUCAGCAGCCCCCGGGACCCCCGUUGCAGCCUCAGCCUCUGCAGCUUCAGCAGCAGCAGCAACAGCAGCAGCAGCCACCGCAUCCCCUGUCUCAGCUCGCCCAACUCCAGAGCCAGCCCGUUCAUCCCGGCCUGCUACACUCCUCUCCCACUGCUUUCAGGGCACCCCCUUCGUCCAACUCCACCGCCAUCCUCCACCCUUCCUCCAGGCAAGGCAGCCAGCUCAAUCUCAAUGACCACUUGCUUGGCCACUCUCCAAGUUCCACAGCCACAAGUGGGCCUGGUGGAGGCGGCCGGCACCGGCAGGCCAGCCCCCUGGUGCACCGGCGGGACAGCAACCCCUUCACGGAGAUCGCCAUGAGCUCCUGCAAGUACAGCGGUGGGGUCAUGAAGCCCCUCAGCCGCCUCAGCGCCUCCCGGAGGAACCUCAUUGAGGCUGAGCCCGAGGGCCAACCCCUCCAGCUCUUCAGCCCCAGCAACCCCCCCGAGAUCAUCAUCUCCUCCCGGGAGGACAACCAUGCCCAUCAGACCCUGCUCCACCACCCCAACGCCACCCACAACCACCAGCACGCCGGCACCACUGCCAGCAGCACCACCUUCCCCAAAGCCAACAAGCGGAAAAACCAAAACAUUGGCUAUAAGCUGGGACACAGGAGGGCCCUGUUUGAAAAGAGGAAGCGACUGAGUGACUAUGCUCUGAUUUUUGGGAUGUUUGGAAUUGUUGUUAUGGUGAUAGAGACCGAGCUCUCUUGGGGUUUGUACUCAAAGGAUUCCAUGUUUUCGUUGGCCCUGAAAUGCCUUAUCAGCUUGUCCACCAUCAUCCUUUUGGGUUUGAUCAUCGCCUAUCACACACGUGAAGUCCAGCUCUUCGUGAUCGACAAUGGUGCGGACGACUGGCGGAUAGCCAUGACCUACGAGCGCAUCCUCUACAUCAGCCUGGAGAUGCUGGUGUGUGCCAUCCACCCCAUUCCCGGCGAGUACAAGUUCUUCUGGACGGCGCGCCUGGCCUUCUCCUACACACCCUCGCGGGCCGAGGCCGACGUGGACAUCAUCCUGUCCAUCCCGAUGUUCCUGCGCCUGUACCUGAUCGCCCGCGUCAUGCUGCUGCACAGCAAGCUCUUCACUGACGCCUCGUCCCGCAGCAUCGGGGCCCUCAACAAGAUCAACUUCAACACGCGCUUCGUCAUGAAGACCCUCAUGACCAUCUGCCCCGGCACCGUGCUGCUCGUGUUCAGCAUCUCACUGUGGAUCAUCGCUGCCUGGACCGUCCGCGUCUGCGAAAGGUACCAUGACCAGCAGGACGUAACUAGUAACUUUCUGGGUGCCAUGUGGCUCAUCUCUAUCACGUUCCUUUCCAUUGGUUAUGGGGAUAUGGUGCCCCACACAUACUGUGGGAAAGGUGUCUGUCUUCUCACGGGCAUCAUGGGUGCAGGCUGCACUGCCCUGGUGGUGGCCGUGGUGGCCCGAAAGCUGGAACUCACCAAAGCAGAGAAACACGUUCACAACUUCAUGAUGGACACUCAGCUGACCAAACGGAUCAAGAAUGCUGCAGCCAACGUCCUCCGAGAAACAUGGCUAAUCUAUAAACACACAAAGCUGCUAAAGAAGAUUGACCACGCCAAAGUCCGGAAGCACCAGAGGAAGUUCCUGCAAGCUAUCCACCAACUGAGGAGCGUCAAGAUGGAGCAGAGGAAGCUGAGCGACCAAGCCAACACGCUGGUGGACCUUUCCAAGAUGCAGAACGUCAUGUAUGAUUUAAUCACAGAACUCAAUGAUCGGAGCGAAGAUCUGGAGAAACAAAUCGGCAGCCUGGAGUCUAAGCUGGAGCAUCUCACAGCCAGCUUCAAUUCCCUGCCCCUGCUCAUCGCGGACACCCUGCGCCAGCAGCAGCAGCAGCUCCUGUCUGCCCUGAUGGAGGCCCGGGGCGUCAGCGUGGCAGUGGGCACCACCCACACCCCACUCUCCGACAGCCCGAUCGGGGUGCCUCUACUUGGGAGCAGGAAGAGGAGAUGACAGGAAGCGACGCCUCUGGCAGGGCCCUUGCUGCAGAGUUGGUGGAGAACAGAAAUCCACGUUCAAUCUCAGGUCUUCACAUGGGGGGUGGGUGGGGGGUCAGAUGCACUGAAGUAGCCGACGGUGAAGCCAGCCCAGAGGAGGGUCCCGCUGGGGGAGGGCGUGCUGUCAGGCUCCGGGGUCGGGUUCCUCACCCCUGGGGUCCUGCAGCCCUUCCUUGUCUAAGGAAGCCCCUGGAUGACAAAAGUAAAGGAGAGCUGCCCAUAGCCUACCAAGCUGUCCUCCCAUCCCUUAUACAGUCGUAAAACUCAAUUUCGACCAAAAGAAAAAUAGGCAAAUACAAAGCCAGACUUCCCAUCCAAUAUUAAUACCCAUAGAAACCCGUGUAUUCGCAAGAGUGUGCACACGCGUACGUGCACGUGCACACACACACACACACAGGCACAUCCCACGUUCAACCCAGGUCUUUUCUUGUUUGCACUUGACCCAAAUAGAGAGGGACUUGGCCCCUUACCCUGCACACCGUAGGCACUCUCAACACGCACAUUGAGUGGGUCCGAAUCUGGAUGUGGGUGCUGUCAGUUCGGGUAGUUUGCUAGUGUCGGCCACAUCCUGAGCUUCCCUGAAGAUGCAGGCCCCUUCAAACACAAAACAGGAUGCUUCGCCCUGGAUACGCACCAUGCUUGCUCUGAGAUGAGUGACAAGCCAAAAUCGUUGGCAUUCUGGAGAGAUAAGCAGCCUUCUAAAAAUAACGGCUUCUGCAGAGUGUUCAUCUUAUAUCCAAACAAGCUGUGUUCCAGUGGAGCGUGUGAUCAGGUGUAUGCACGUGAGGGG